AUGUUUUCAUCUCAAGAACAACUUCAGAAACUUCGUACAGAAGUUCACGAAAAGAUGGUGGCUAAGAUUUCUAGGGAAACUUCGGUCGGAUCUUUAAGCCUGAAAACUUUUGUGAACCCUCAGCUUCUAUCGUGCAUACUUUCAAUUGACGAAGAAAGGUUGUUGACAAGGCUGAUUGAAGAAAUGGCUCAGCGAUUUUGUCUUUCUUUCGUUCCUACCAUGCCUCCUUCUGUGGCAUUGAGCCACAUAUUUGACAUCAGCAUCUAUGUUUCUGUACGUACGUACUUUAGGAUGGCCUGCUUAUAUGUGGCUAGCAAAGUAGACGAGUUUAACGUUUCUUUGGACGAUUUCGUUAAAAAUUUAAAGACUGGCACGCGUGCUCACAAUGCCGAAAUAAUUCUGUCGCUGGAACCGGACUUACUCAAUCACCUGAAAUAUCACCUGGCUGUCUAUACUCCGUACCGGCCACUGGAAGGUCAUUUCAUUGCGAUGAAGGUUUUCGCUCCGUCUUUAAAUCCGGAAAAUCUGCGGACCACAUGCGAAAAUUUUCUGUGGAAAUCGUUGCUAUCCGAUGUUUCGUUUCUGUUUGCGCCUUCACAGGUCUGUUGA